UAACACAAAAAAAACAUCCAGAAACUAAGAAAAAAAAGUGUUGCUGCAAAAAUGUGUGUAAAAUGAUCUUCUAAUACACAUACCCAACAUUUUCUGGUGGCCUAAAGAAGCCCCUGUCCAUAGCUUACGUCAUCACCAGCUCACAGUCAUUACCAUCAAAGUUCGUAUAUUGGUGGAAAAUGUUCCAAAGGGCAGAGAUUAAAGAAUCACCCUCCUACUACUGCAUUGCUGACUUAUUGCAACACAGUCAGUGAAAGUAUGUGAGUGCAUGUACAGUAUGUGUGUGUGUGCGUGUGUGCGUGUGUUUGUGUGUGUGUGUGUGUGUGUGUGUGUGCUUGUUUGCUAGCUCAACCCAUUUCUUGCCGUAAGGAUGUGGUUUAUGAAGUGCAACAACUUCAUGCCGGAAACGCUACGGCUACGCUUUAUCAAGUGAUCAUCCACUCUUUUUUUUUCUGACAGUGAAGUGCUCUCUCCAUCAGCCAAAGUCUGUCAGUGUUUCUGACUGUUUAUUUGAAUAGCAGUUGCCAUGUUUCCCAGGGUGAUUUUGAGAGGAACAAUGAUCAAAAAAUCUCAGCAAAAGAAAAGAACAUCGCCAUGCAACUACAAGGAGAGAUAUUUUGUACUGGAUACCCAAGAGUUGAAGUAUUCAGAACGCCGUCGGGGAAAAAAGCCCAUGCUGAAAGGCUGCAUCGAGUUGUCCAGAAUUAAGUGUGUGGAGCUUGUUUAUAGUGACGUCCCCAUACCAUGCAACUAUAAGUACCCUUUUCAGGUUUUUCAUGACAGCCAUUACCUCUACAUUUUUGCCCCAGACAAUGAUUGCCGUCAAAGAUGGGUCAGAGCCAUCAAAGAGGAGACAAAGUGUAACAAUUUGGUUACAAAAUACCACCCAAACUUCUGGAUGGAUGGAAAAUGGAGAUGUUGCCAACAAACAGAGAAACUGGCAGCGGGCUGUCAUGUAUAUGACCCAGUUGGUUAUGCUUCUAAAAAGCCACUCCCUCAAAUCCCGGAUCCAGAGGUGGGACUGAAUGAUUCAGGACAGAGGGUGGUCAUCGCUCUGCAAGACUACACACCAUACGGAGACGAGGACUUGCCGCUUCGGAAAGACCAGGAGUAUAUACUGAUUAGCAGUUCCCACCCUGACUGGUGGGCCGUACAGGAUGACAAGGGGAACACAGGCUUCGUGCCCAAUACUUACGUAGCUGAAAAAUUUGGCAACAAUUUUGAGAGAUUUGAAUGGUACAACAGAAACAUAACCAGAGGGGAAGCAGAAGAGCUGUUAAUGAGAGAGGGAAAAGAAGGUGCAUUCAUGGUGCGUGACUCAAGACAGGCAGGAGUCUACACAGUGUCGGUGUUCACCAAAGCACCGGGGUCUAAUGGGGAGAAGAAUCCAAGAGUGAAACAUUACCAAAUCCGACAGACAGAAACAGGAGAGUCCGCAUUUUACUUGGCAGAGAAGUACCUGUUCAGCACCAUUCCUGAGCUCAUCCAUUACCACCAACACAAUGCUGCCGGCCUGAUAACACGUUUGAGGCACCCGGUCUCUCAAGGCGGAGGCUGCUCCCAGGACACCGCUGAUCCCUCCAAAGAUCAGUGGGAGGUGCACCUUGAGGAGCUGACCUUGGGUGAGGAGCUAGGCAGCGGCCAGUUCGGGCUGGUGCUGGAGGGGAGGUGGAGGGAGAGGAGGGUGGCGGUGAAGAUGGUGAGAGAAGAGUGCAUGUCAGAUGAGGAAUUUAAAGAAGAGGCAAGAGUCAUGAUGAGAUUGUCCCACUCUAAGCUGGUUCAGCUCUAUGGUGUGUGCACCCAGCGUUCUCCCAUGUGUCUGGUGUUUGAGUUCAUGGAGAAUGGCUGUCUGUCAGACUUCCUGCGAGCCAGGAAAGGGCAGUUGUCUCAGGACGUGAUGUUAGGGAUGUGUCUGGAUGUCAGUGAGGGGAUGGCUUACUUGGAGAGCUCUAACUUCAUCCACAGAGACCUGGCUGCAAGGAACUGUCUUGUUUCAAAGAACAAUGAGGUGAAGGUGUCUGAUUUUGGUAUGACCAGAUUUGUUCUUGAUGAUCAGUACACAAGCUCCCAGUGCUCCAAGUUUCCUGUCAAGUGGUCAGCACCAGAGGUCAUCAAAUUCUGCAAGUUCAGCAGCAAGUCUGACGUCUGGUCAUUCGGUGUGCUCAUGUGGGAGGUGUACAACGAGGGCCGUCUGCCCUAUGAGAACCGCUCUAAUGCUGAGGUGGUGGAGUCCCUGAAUGCAGGCUUGAGGCUCCUGAAGCCACGUUUGGCACCAGAGCCUGUCUACCUGCUCAUGGAGUGGUCCUGGAAGGAGAGACCAGACGAUCGUCCAUCCUUUGCUCUGCUGCUGCAUGAGCUGGCCUCCCUCUCAGACCUGUGAACCGAAACAAGAGUCAUGUUUGAUAACUAUAUAAGUAGAUAUAUUUAUUUUAUUUAUUGAGUGAUUUCCUAUUUCUUGUCAAAUGUUGUUUAGAUGUGUCUGAAGGUGUUCCAAACCCCUAGAUUUUGCACUUUAUCUGUUUCAUAGCUCAUACUGUCUUACAAGGUUCAUACAGUCCAUUUACACAGCAACUGCUGCAUACUGCGGGUUUUUAACAUAAAACUAAAGCUUUUAAACAUUCCAUAGGAUCUUUGUACAUUAAACAGGUGUGAUGAUUGCUUUGUUUGAUUUGUUGUUAAUAAAAUGAAUAUUUUGA